AUGCCAUCAUCUACUAUCAUUGAUAUUCUAAAACCUAUUGAUUAUGAUGAAGAUCCUGAAAGAUUCAAGUCUAUAAGUAUAGUUAUCGUAUUAGAUACUGAUAAAAAUCAUGAAAAAAUUUAUAUACCAGAUGGUGAUAUUUUCUACAUUGUGGAGAGUUUACAAAGAAAAAUGAUUGGCAAAUUGGAAAGAUUAACACAUAAACAUAAAAUUGUUAUUUGUGGAAACAAUGAACUUGGUUUUGAACAUUGUUCAAAAGAAGAAAUUCAAUCAAAAUUAUUAACUAAUGCUACACUUACAAGAUGA